GGGGAGGAAAGCCUGAAAGUUCUCCAGAGAAGCUGGACAUAAGCACAGGAUAUAGUCCCACACACUCGCUUUACAUGCCCUUCGACGAAGUCUCCUUUUGCGGCUCCAGUUUUCUGGUGUUUUAGGGUUGCGUUCUGGUGUUUUAGAGAUCGGAAAGCACUGUGAACACAGAGAGGAAUGGAGCUGUAUUGUCUGGAAACCGACACCGUGGUGCGAGCCCGUCCCGACCCGAACCUUCUCGGCGAUGACAGGGUGCUGCAGAGCCUUCUGACCAUCGAGGAGAGGUUUCUGCCUCAGUGCUCCUAUUUCAAAUGCGUACAGAAGGACAUCCAGCCUUUCAUGCGCAGGAUGGUGGCCACCUGGAUGCUGGAGGUCUGCGAGGAACAAAAGUGCGAGGAGGAAGUUUUCCCACUGGCUAUGAACUACUUGGACAGAUUUUUAGCGGUUAUGCCCACCAGAAAGUGUAACUUGCAGUUGCUCGGCGCGGUGUGCAUGUUUCUGGCGUCCAAACUGAAAGAGACGCGUCCUCUAACUGCAGAAAAGCUAUGUAUCUACACUGAUAACUCCAUCCGACCGCAGGAACUCCUGGAAUGGGAACUGGUGGUUCUUGGUAAAUUGAAGUGGAACCUGGCUGCUGUUACUCCGAAUGACUUCAUUGAACACAUUGUAAAGAGGCUGCCGUUGCCUGAGGAUAAGCUGGACCUGAUCCGCAAGCAUGUGCAGACCUUCAUCGCUCUGUGUGCAACAGAAUUCAACUUUGCGAUGCAUCCUCCAUCCAUGAUUGCCACGGGCAGUGUGGGAGCAGCAAUCUGUGGACUGCAGCUCAACAGCACGAACCAUGCACUGUGGGGGGACAACCUUACAGAACUGCUUGCUAAGAUCACAAACACAGAAGUUGACCUGUUGAAGGCAUGUCAGGAGCAGAUUGAGCGUGUGCUGAUGAACAGCCUAAGGGAGGGACGCCGGCAGCAGCAUAAGCAGCAGCAGCAGGACCAGAACAACCCACGCAACAAAGCCUUGAAUGACCAGGACCAGUCCAGCACCCCGACCGAUGUACGAGACAUCAACUUGUGAGCUCGCAGGAGUGGCGCAUGGAUCUAAAGGAAAAAAAAAAGCAACAAAAAACAAAAAAUGACAAAAAAAAAAAA